CCGGUAUUCUUACUAUGGCAUCGGUCGCUCAGCAGAUCCCGAGUAUCAUUCUUGAGAAGGUCAUUGACUAUGCACUUUAUGCAACAGGUACCGCAGAGUCUCCUUAUCACCACUGCAUCUGUUUCCCAUAUCGCCAUGCGGUGCUGCUGCUUGGCGUGUGUCGCUGGUGGAGGAGUUUGGUAUUGGGCACUGUCUACUGCGAAGUAUACUGGUGUAACGACCCUGAGUGCAGCCUCUGUGCAGGCUGCAGAAGGAACGGCUGCUCCUCGCUUAGGACAUUCGCGGAUGCGCUAGGGUCUGGGCAUCUAGUUUUUGCAAGAACCGCAAAGAUACACUGUCGGAUCGAGGAUAUAGCAAGCGGCGCUGCUAUCGAUACUCUUAGAAAUGCAGCAUUUGCAGGGCUCGCUGUCCCUGGAGUGAGGAGUCUCGAGUUCCACUUCAGCAGCAUUACCGACCGUAGCAAGUUCAUCUUGCUCAACGAAACAGCACCUGCAGUACUGUUCUGUGACGAAAUUCGGCGGAUGUUCCCGGGUGCCCAUAGCGUUGCGGUCUCAGAUCUGGCAUUCCAAUACUGGCACUACCACGAGGCUUUCAUAAAGCGACUGCUCUCUGGGCUAUUCGCCGGUAUUCCUUCGGUGCACACAAUCGGUGCCUACCCUGCUCUUGACAAGGUGCUGUCAGUUAAUCCUACCAGUAUCCGUAGUUUAUCGGUAGGAGGUGUGUGGCCAACAGAACCGAAAAUCGAGCUCAUCCGUCGCCAUUCAGAAACGCUCGAAUACCUCUGUGUCUCGGAUGAUACACCUGAAGCCUUCCGCGACAUUCUUGUCCGACAUGACGGCAGGCCUAUCGAAUACCCUCGUGUACGGACACUCAUUCUAGAUCUAGACACACUCAUGUAUACCAGGAAGCAGGUGGUGUAUCAGUCCCCUGAAGGAACGCCAUUCCCGUCCCUCCAGCAUCUUGUGUGCAUUCCAGAGUACCCAUUCGCAAACGACAUUCUCUUCAGAGGCAACGAGGAUAGGCUGGAGGUUGUCCGCAUACACGUUACACCCCCGGUUAUUAGGGCACUCACUCGCGACGGCAUAGCUAGAAUCGGACGGUUCCCAGCACUGCAUUUCGCGGAGGUGACCAUGCUGGACACUGACAGCGACGACUACAUGCAGCUUGAUCCUGACGGUUAUGACAGCGAUGAUAGUGACAGCAGCUUCAUAUCUGCGUACCACUAUGAGGGAUAUGAAAGUGACAUGGCGCAGUUGAUAUUCAGCAUGGGACAAAAUGCUCGAAUCAUCAAAAGCACCAAUUACUUCACAGAUUUCAGCUCCGUGCAGCUACGAUAUUCGGAUAUUGGGCGCUAUAUCAAGGUCCUUGACAUGAGAUUCAUUGGCUUUACUCUUGGCCAACAGCUCGAGCUAAUCAAACACCUCACCUGCCUGACACACUUCGGUGCCAGUCUUACUUUGUCCGCGACCAUCUGGGUCAGCUAUCCAGCGUGUUGUUUGAUAUCCAAGCACAUUAUGACAUCCAGUACCCGGCUUCUGAGAGUCUUGUCCAGAUAUUCGGUGAUAUUUCCGGUAAGCAGGACCAGUGGGCACAUCUAGCAUCCUAUGCCGUGCUUAUGUUGCUUUGCCCCUCGCUGAACUCUGUUCAGGAACGCAAGAAGGGAACUGCUCUGCACCACAAAUCCGACACGCCC